AUGACUAUGAGGUGUUUGAUGAAUUGCUUCUUCGGUGUUCCAAUUAAUGCCAUGGCAGCAACUCGCACCUCCUCCCUUUGGGGCAUCCCUUUCACUCUCAACUUCAAUAACAACAACCACUUCUCUUCUAACUCUCGCUCUCUCUCUUACAUCUCCAAUUCCACCUCUUCUCCCGCUCCUCGCGUUGGGUUCUUGGGCAUUGGAAUCAUGGGUUCCCCCAUGGCUCACAACCUCCUCAAAGCUGGGGUUGAUCUCACUCUUUGGAAUAGGACCAAGUCAAAGUGUGAUCCCCUCAUCUCCUUGGGAGCUAAAUAUUUGUCUUCUCCUGAGGAAGUAGCAGCUUCUUGCGACCUCACAUUUGCCAUGCUUGCUGAUCCUCACAGUGCUAUUGAUGUUGCUUGUGGCAACCAUGGAGCUGCAAAUGGAAUGGCUCCAGGAAAAGGCUAUGUGGAUGUUUCAACAGUUGAUGUUGAUACUUCAAAAUUGAUUAGUGAGCGCAUCAAAGCUACUGGAGCAUUAUUUUUGGAGGCUCCAGUUUCAGGUUCCAAAAAGCCAGCAGAAGAUGGACAAUUGAUAUUUCUUACAGCAGGUGACAGAAAUCUUUAUGAAACGGUUGCUCCUCUCUUGGACAUCAUGGGGAAAUCGAAAUUUUACCUCGGGGAUGUUGGAAAUGGAGCUGCAAUGAAACUCGUUGUCAAUAUGAUCAUGGGCAGUAUGAUGGCGUCCUUUUCUGAAGGCUUACUUCUCAGCGAGAAAGUUGGGUUGGAUCCAAAAGUACUAGUCGAGGUAGUUUCACAGGGUGCCAUCAGUGCUCCAAUGUACUCAACCAAAGGCCCAUCUAUGAUACAAUCGGUUUACCCUACUGCAUUCCCUCUAAAGCAUCAGCAGAAGGAUUUGAGACUUGCACUGGGGUUAGCAGAGUCUGUAUCCCAAUCUACUCCAAUUGCAGCAGCUGCUAAUGAGUUAUACAAGGUUGCAAAGUCCCAUGGCCUUAGUGAUGAGGAUUUCUCAGCUGUCAUUGAAGCUUUGAAAUCCAAAUUUCAGCAGUCAUAAAUAAAACCACCCGCACAUAAAAUUAAAUUAUAAAUAUUCCUUCUUUUUAUUACACCCAGGUUCCAUUUCAACAAGGUUAUGGACUAAGGCCUGUUCACUGUGGGACUAGGCAUCUCAAGUACAUUUAUUAAUUUAGAGAAUACUUCCAAGUUCCAAGGGCUUUCGAUCAAACUGUAUUUACAACCGGUUUGAGGAUUUUUCUUCAUGUACCAAGUACCAACUCAGUUAAAAUCGUAUGAAAAAUUCAAUAUCCUUGUGAUGAAUAA